CCACCGCCCCGCCCCGCCCAACCCGCGAGCCCGCGGCCGCCCCGACUCCGGAAGGAUUCGGCCAAGCGGCCGGAUGUGACGCUACGGCCCAGGCGCUCGGGAGGCCGCGGAGAAAGCGACGAGAAGGCGGGCCCGGCCCGAGGUCUGGCAGCCAGCGACAGAGCCGGGCGCCCACGGCCCGAGCGCCCCCGGCAGCACCAUGCCUGCGCUCCUGGAGCGCCCCAAGCUUUCCAACGCCAUGGCCAGGGCGUUGCACCGGCACAUCAUGAUGGAGCGGGAGCGCAAGCGGCAGGAGGAGGAAGAGGUGGACAAGAUGAUGGAACAGAAGAUGAAGGAAGAGCAGGAGAGAAGGAAGAAAAAGGAGAUGGAAGAGAGAAUGUCACUAGAGGAAACCAAGGAACAAGUAAGCAGUCUCUUCAUCUCUCCUAGCUCUUUCUUCUCUUGGCUCUCCUGCCUUCACCUUCUCUUCCCUCCCCAGAUCCUGAAGUUGCAGGAGAAGCUUUUAGCCCUACAGGAAGAGAAACAUCAGCUUUUCUUGCAGCUCAAGAAAGUUUUACAUGAGGAGGAAAAACGGAGGCGAAAAGAGCAGAGUGACCUGACCACUCUGACAUCAGCGGCAUACCAGCAAGGCCUGACCGUUCACACUGGAACUCACCUCCUCAGCAUGCAGGGGAGCCCUGGAGGACACAAUCGCCCAGGCACCCUCAUGGCAGCAGACAGAGCCAAACAGAUGUUUGGACCGCAAGUGCUUACGACCCGGCACUACGUGGGCUCAGCAGCUGCUUUCGCAGGGACCCCAGAGCAUGGGCAAUUCCAAGGCAGCCCGGGCGGCGCCUAUGGGACUGCUCAGCCCCCACCUCACUAUGGACCCACACAGCCUGCCUACAGUCCUAGUCAGCAGCUCAGAGCACCUUCCGCAUUUCCUGCAGUACAGUACCUGUCUCAGCCACAGCCUCAGCCCUAUGCCGUGCACAGCCACUUUCAGCCCACCCAGACAGGGUUCCUCCAGCCUGGUGGUGCCCUGUCCUUGCAAAAACAAAUGGAACAUGCUAACCAACAGACGGGCUUCUCUGACUCAUCCUCCCUGCGCCCCAUGCAUCCCCAAGCUCUGCAUCCAGCCCCUGGACUCCUGGCCUCACCCCAGCUCCCUGUGCAGAUGCAACCAGCAGGAAAGUCGGGCUUUGCAACCACCAGCCAGCCUGGCCCUCGGCUCCCCUUCAUCCAGCACAGCCAGAACCCGCGAUUCUACCACAAGUGACCAUCAGAUUUGAUCUUCAACCUUGCCCCCAGCCCCUGCCGUGGGGGAGGAUCCCUGGUGUGUCCUAGUCCCAGGCCAAUAAAAUCUACCUGCCACUGACCCUGGCUGCGAGUAUCUGUGUUGCCUCCCACUGGGCUGCUAGGAGGGUGAGGGGUGGCUGGCAGGUCCAUAGGAACCACAGGGGGACAGCAGGUUGGUUGUAAUGAGCUCAGUGGCAGAGUUCAACCUAUACUCUUCUUUCUGAUUUCCAAAUUGACGUUCUAGUCAGCAAACACCGAUUUAUUUCGAAGCAGCAGCUGAGUUGGGGGCUUCAUAUUAAACUUGUAGUUUUAUUCAGGUUUGAUUUUUAACAAAUGUGUCGGGGAGAGAGCCCGCAGGAAAGGGUGAAGCCCAUGGGGGCAGGGCCCUCCCAGAUGCCUGAGGAGGGGGCAGGUCCCCUCCCCUCUCCUCCUCUUCCCUUCCCAUCUAAAGGGAUUUGGGGAGAGACAUAGGCAGGGGAGGGGGCUGGUCCCCAGUCUGUGGGGGUGGUGCUUGGGAAAAAGGGCUAUUGGGGAAUAAGGGACCAGACCAGGGAUGAGUAGGGGAAGGGCACAAGGAACAUUUGCCAGAAUCCACAGCUUUCUGAUUCCAGAUUGAAUUAAAAAAAAAAAAAAAAAAAAUACCAAAAAAAAAAAAAAAAAAACCAAA